CACCACUUCAUCUCCACCGCCUUAUGGUGAAAAUGAUGGUCAGCGUCCCGACUUUCAUGAGGAUCCUCAUCAUCCAUCCGAUCAAGUUCCCCCCUUCACCACUGUUCUCAGUGAUGAUCUUUGCCUCAAUAUUAUCAUGCAGGUGGAAUAUUACUUCAGUGAUGCAAAUUUGCUAACUGAUAAGUUUCUUCUGAAAUAUGUAACCAACAAUGAAGAAGGGUUUGUUCCUCUUAACGUUAUUGCUUCAUUCAAAAGAAUGAAGAAUCUGACGAAAGAAAUACCACUGAUUGUGACUGCACUCAAGGAAUCUUCUCUUAUGGUCGUCAGUUCUGAUGAGAAAGCAGUGAAGAGACUGAAUCCUCUCCCAUACAUUGGGGUUAGGGACCCCCAGCUAUGCACUGUAUUGGUGGAGAACUUACCAGCGGAUCACUCAGUGGAAGAUCUUAAGCAACUAUUUAGUCCGGCUGGACAUAUCCAGCAUAUCAUCAGUAUCCGCGAACCGCAGGUUGAAAGAAGUUCAAAAAAGUGUUUAGUUGCAGAAAAGCUGCUUAGAGGCAAGCUGCAUGCACUUGUGGAAUUUGAUACCAUAGAAGCUGCUGUAAAAGCUGUGGCCACUUUGAAUAAUGAACAAGAUUGGGGAUUUGGAUUGAGGGUGAAACUUCUCAUGAAAGAGGGAAAGAGGGCACAGAAAAAGAAAGUAUGGAGGGAAUCAGGCACUGAUAGACAUACUUGUGGUCAAGCAUUAUCUGAUCAAGCUGUGGAUGAGGAGAGCCACCAUCCUAGCGAACAACAUGGUGAUUCACAUGAUGAAAAAGGAUGGGGGCAAUUUACCAAAGGAGACAAUUGGUGAGCAUGUACCAAAAGAGAAAGAUGGACAUGCAGGCCGGAGCAGAGGACGUGGAAGGAGGCAGAAAUGUGGAACAAACGUACAAGUCCAAGGAAUGCGCCCUUCUCCUGCUCAUGGUACUGAAACCUCAAAACCACCACCUGGUCCAAGAUUGCCCGAUGGGACAAGAGGAUUCACGAUGGGUCGAUGACCUCACUUUGAAGACGCUGAUUGGAGUGGGUGAGCGUCGUGGCAAGGUCUAUUUUCUGUGUGGGGCCGGAAUUGCUCAAGCUUCAUAUAUGAUGGUGACAGAUGGGUAAGCAUUAAAAGGGAGUGACAUGCAGAGUGACCCUAAAGAGAACUCAAUGGUUGAUCCUCUUGCACUUGUGAUUGACAAGAAGCACAAGAGGACUUCUAAACAGGUUGUGAUCCACCAAGACACCUCUGAUCCUAACUUGGUUCCAGAAAUGAAUGAGAUGAAGAAGCAACUGGCUCUAUUUACGAACAUGAUGAACAAGAAGUACUUCAAAAAGACAUUUCUCUCCUCCUCCAACAAGUAGAGAACUUCAUCCUCCAAGCAGAAAGAGAAAGUGUUGGAGCAGUCCGAGAGAGCUAGUGGCCUUGAUCAAAUGAAGUAUUACAACUGCGGCAAAACCGAACACCUAGCCAAGGAUUGUUGUCAAACAAAGAAGAGGCGGCCAGCUAUUACUCUAAAAAUAUGCAAUUAGCAAACCAAAAGGAAGCUAGUGUAGCACUAAUGGCGGAACAAGAUCAAUGGCUAGAGAAUUCCUCUGAAAGUGAACCUGAGAACUUGGCACUAAUGGCCGAUGUAGAUGAUGAAUCAGAUGAUGAUAAGGCUGGAACUUCUUACAAUGAUUCUGGUGCCUUAUCCGUUUUACAAAAGAAUUAGAAAAGAGGACCAACGCUCUGGGAAGACGAUUGGUAGUGCAAGAGAAAGUGGUGGACUCUACUAUCUUGCUACUGACAUCCUCUCGAGUAAACAAGUUCAGAAACCAUGUUCUUCUAGUUUUUUAUCCUUAGAGAAUGAAAUAAUGUUAUGGCACUAUCGACUAGGCCAUCCUAGCUUUGGUUAUUUACGCCAUGUGUUUCCUAUUUUAUUUAAAAAUAAGGAUGUUAAUUCAUUUCAAUGUGAGAUUUGUCAAAUUGCUAAACAUAAACGUUAUGUUUAUCCUUCUUUGCCUUACAUGUCAUCUAAACCUUUCUCUCUUAUUCAUAGUGACAUAUGGGGACCAUCUAGGAUUAAAAAUCUUUCUGGCACUAGAUGGUUCAUAACCUUUAUUGAUGAUCACACUAGAAACACUUGGAUUUAUCUUCUUAAAGAAAAAUCAGAGGUUGCAGAAACAUUCAAAAGUUUUAACUCUAUGAUUAAAACACAAUUUGGAGCUCAAAUACAAGUCCUUAGAACAGAUAAUGGUAGAGAAUUUUUUAAUUGCACUCUUGGUUCGUUUCUCGCAGCCCAAGGCAUUCUCCAUCAUAGUUCUUGUGUUAUUACACCUCAACAAAAUGGAGUUGCCGAAAGAAAAAAUAGACAUCUACUAGAGGUUGCCCGAGCUCUUAUGUUUUCUAUGAAUGUUCCAAAACGUUUUUGGGGAGAAGCUAUACUUCAUGCUGCAUACCUAAUUAAUAGGAUGCCCAGCAAAGUGCUAAACUAUCAAACCCCUUUGAAAACAUUACAAUUAUCAUAUCCUCUUAACAGGACUUUCACUGGUUUAUCACCUAAAGUAUUUGGUUGCACUAGUUUUGUCCACAUUCAUGAUCUUAACAGAAAUAAACUUGAUCCGAGGGAAAUAAAGUGUAUUUUUUUAGGUGUUUCACCAACUAAAAAAGGAUAUAAAUGUUAUGACCCAAGCUCGGGAAAGAUAUUAGUUAGUAUGGAUGUCACAUUUUUUGAAAACAAACCAUUUUUUGAUCAAACUUCUCUUCAGGGGGAGAAAGAAAUAGGAGACCAAUUUUGGGAAAAUAUUGUGUUAGUGUGUUACCGAUUCCUCUUACAAAUUAUGAUAAUCAAAGUAGGGCAGUUGAUGUUGAACCUGUCAUACCUAUUAUUUCUACACCUCACAAAGGAUCUGAAAUAAUAAAUAAUGUGGAUCCCACAUCUGAACUACGUGUUUACUCGAGAAGAAAAAAGAAGCAAGGUACUGAUUCAGUACCAACUCAAGCCGACCUACCGUCUGACCAAAGUAUUGUUCCAGGUAACACCAUUCCCACAACUUCUUUUCCACAUUUCCUUGAUCCUAUUCUUGAGACUGAGACUGAUUCCCAUGACCAUAAUUCACCUCUUGAUCCGAGCCUUAAUGAACCUAUAGCACUUAGGAAAGGAGUUCGUGAGUGCACCAAACAUUCUAUAAACCGUUAUGUGUCAUAUCACCAAUUAUCUCCUACCUUUAGGGCCUUUACCACUAGCAUAACCGAUGAUGAAAUUCCGAGGACGAUACAAGAAGCACUAAGCAUUCCAAAGUGGAGAGAAGGUGUCCUAGAAGAAAUGUGAGCUUUAAAAAAAAUGAAACGUGGGAGUUAACAGAUCUGCCAAAAGGAAAGCAUCUUGUAGGCAGCAAAUGGGUGUUCACGAUCAAGUAUAAUUCGGAUGGAUCAAUAGAGAGGUACAAAGCUAGACUCGUAGCUAGAGGAUUCACUCAAACCUACGGUCUAGACUAUGAGGAGACAUUUGCCCCGGUUGCUAAACUCAACACAGUAAGAGUGUUGUUGUCACUUGCUGUUAACCUCGACUGGCCUCUUCUACAGUUUGAUGUGAAGAAUGCCUUCCUUAAUGGAGAGUUAGAAGAAGAAGUUUUUAUGCAAGUACCUCCGGGGUUUGAUGAUGAAAGUGUGGCAGGAAAGGUAUGUCGACUGAAGAAAUCUUUAUACGGCUUGAAACAGUCACCUCGCGCUUGGUUCGAAAGGUUUACAAGGGCUGUAAAGGAAAAAGGAUUUCGUCAAGCUCACGCUGAUCAUACAUUGUUCUACAAACACACGGUCGAAGGGAAAAUUGCUAUCUUAAUUGUGUAUGUAGAUGAUAUUAUAAUGACAGGAGAUGAUGAAGAAGGACUGGAGAAACUGAAGCUAUUUCUAGCUAGGCAAUUUGAAAUUAAAGAUUUGGGAAACCUCAAGUUCUUUCUCGGGAUGGAAGUAGCUAGAUCAAAGAAGGGAAUUGCUCUGUCUCAACGAAAGUAUGUGCUCGAUUUACUCAAGGAAACAGGUCUUCUUGGAUGUAAACCUGCUUCCACUCCUAUUGACCCUAACCAUAAGUUAGGAAGGUCCGAGGGCGGAGCUGCUGUUGAUAAGGCUCGGUAUCAAAAGUUAGUGGGAAAACUCAUCUAUCUAGCUCACACACGACCUGAUAUAGCCUUUGCAGUGAGUUUAGUCAGUCAAUUUAUGCAUAAUCCGACUGAAGAACAUCUGAAAGCUGUCUACAGAAUCCUACACUAUCUCAAGGGAAGUCCCGGCAAGGGUAUUCUAUUCAAAAAAAAUCACAGUAGGAAAAUUGAGGUCUUCACAGACGCAGAUUAUGCAGGAGCUGCGAACGAUAGGAGAUCUACAUCAGCCUAUUGUUCAUUCGUUUGGGGAAAUUUAGUAACCUGGAGAAGUAAAAAACAACAUGUGGUGUCAAGAAGUAGUGCAGAAGCCGAGUAUAGAGCAAUGGCACACGGAAUCUGUGAAGCUAUUUGGCUAAGAAGCAUUCUCAAUGAACUGAAGGUGAAGACAGAAAUGCCAAUGAAGUUGUUUUGUGACAAUAAGUCAGCCAUCAGUAUUGCUCACAAUCCUGUCCAACAUGACAAGACCAAACAUGUGGAAGUUGAUCGCUUCUUCAUCAAAGAAAAGCUAGAAGGAGGAGAAAUUUGUAUACCUUACGUUCCCACAUCAGAGCAACUCGCAGACAUUCUGACCAAAGGGCUAUACAAACAAACAUUUGAAGAUUUUCUAGUCAAGCUGGGCAUGAUUGACAUUUUUGCCCCAGCUUGAGGGGGAGUGUUGGACAGAAUAAUCUAUUUUAGGUUAUUGGACAAAAUCAUCUAUUUUAGGCGCAUAGUAAUUGUAAUUAAUUGUAGAAUUGUAGAAUUAUCUCUUGCCUUGAUUAGAAUUGUAUUUAAGGUAGAUUAUCUUUUUGAUAUUGUAGAUCCUUUUAUUCUAGGGAAUCAAUUAAUUCCCAGGAUUUCCAGGAUUCUCUCUGUACCUAUUUAAGUUCGGUAAAUGAGAAGAAAAUUAAUUCCGCCUAUUUUCUUCUUUUAGAAACAAUGGAGGAAAGGGCGUUAGACUGGUUCCAAUGGUGGGAAAUUGAAACUAGAGAAAAGAAUUGGGAAGUUCUGAAGGAAGCUACAAUUCGGAGAUUCCAACCUACACGCAGGCGGAAGACAGAAAACCGGAAAUCAUCGCACUCGCAGUCGCACACAGUGUCUACCAGUUCGAAGGUCUCAGUUCGCAGGGCUCAAAGAGCGACUUAUCUCAGUUCGCAGGUCUCACCGCAGGUUUCAUCCAAUACUUCCGUUUCUCACAGUCCGCAAGUUGAGUCAGUUUCAUUCCCGCAGCAGUCUGUGAGUCAGCGACAACCUAAAUCUGAAGAUACAUUCAUCAAUGGUGAUGAGGAACCAGAGGAGAAAACUUCUGUGGUGAUUCAAUCCAUUGCCAUGGAAUAUAAAUUUGGCGUUGAUAAAAUUGUUGGUUCAAAUACUUGGUAAAGCUCUACAGAAACUGUCAAUGUAGAAAAAUGUAGCAUAUUCAUGUUAUUUUAUUAUGUGUACAUCCGGGACUGUAUAGAUAGGAAGUAUUGUUGAUUUAGGACUCUAACUCUUAGAUUAACACGCAGUGUAGAUAAGAAUAGAUAGAUCCUAAAUAUUAGGAUCUGUAACAAACCUUAGCUUAUCUGUAAUUUUGUAUUUAUAUCAUUGCCGGAUGGCUCAAUAAUAUAUGGAAGAUUAAUUCUUCAAACCUACAUGGUAUCAGAGAUUCGGUUUAAACAAUGGUAGAAACCAGUGAAGCUGAUUCCUCACACACUACCAACCCUAACUCCCAAAUUAGCUCUAUGACAAAUUACCAGUCUCCUAUUCAUUCAUCUAUGAUAAUCACUAGUCAUAGAUUGAAUGGAACAAACUAUCUGGAGUGGUCUCAAUCUGUCAGACUUGCAAUUGAUGGGAGGGGAAAGCUGGGUUACAUCACAGGAGAAAUCCAACCAAAAAUACAAGCAGAAGAAGGGUACAGUACAUGGAGGUCAGAGAAUUCACUCAUAACAGCUUGGCUUCUCAACUCCAUGGAGCCCCUAAUUGCCAAACCUCAUAUGUUUAUGAAAACUGCAAAGGAGGUAUGGGAUUCUAUUAAGGAAACUUAUUCAGACCUUGAGAACUCUUCUCAAAUUUUUGAACUCAAAACCAAAUUGUGGCAAUCUAAACAAGGAAAUAGGGAUAUUAUUUCAUACUACAAUGAAAUGGUAUCUCUGUGGCAAGAAUUAGAUCAAUGCUAUGAUGAUGAAGAGUGGGAGAGUGCUAAGGAUCUGGCCAGACAUAAGAAAAAAGAAGAGAAUGAUAGGGUCUAUAUGUUUCUAGCAGGGAUCAAUAGGGACCUAGAUGAAGUUAAGGGGAGGAUACUUGGAAAAAAACCUCUACCUUCUAUCAGGGAGGUAUUUUCUGAAAUCAGGAUGGAGGAUAGCAGGAAGAAGGUCAUGUACAACACCCCAGCACCUAAUGAGGAACCUGGGGAAUCUUCAGCUUUGGUGGCCAGAAGUGAUGACAACAAGAAAAAACCUUGGUGUGAUCACUGCAAGAAACUGUGGCACACAAGGGAUACAUGCUGGAAACUCCAUGGAAAACCACCAGGAGCUGGGAAGAAGAAAGUAGAAAGGGCCCUACAAACUACUGUGACUGAGACUCAACAAGAGGCAGGAGUUGAACCUAAACAGCUACCAUUCACUCAGGAACAGAUAGAGUACCUACUCAGAUUCAUACCUACCCAGAAAAUCUCCAAUCCUGAAAACCCUACCUGUUCUUUUGCCCAGAAUGGUAAAAUAACAUCAUAUUUUUGUUCUGAAAAAACUAAAAACACCUGGGUCAUUGACUCAGGUGCAACAGACCACAUGACCUAUAUUCCAAAGUUUUUUUCUUCUUAUCAACCUUGUGCAGGAGAUAAAAAAGUUAGAGUUGCAGAUGGCUCUUUCUCAGCCAUAGCAGGGAUGGGAAAUAUUAAAAUUUCCUCAUCCAUUAACCUUUCCAAAGUCUUACAUGUUCCUAAACUUUCCUGCAAUCUUAUCUCUAUUAGCAAAAUUACUAAAGAUCUUCAGUGUUGUGUAAAAAAUUUUCCCUCUUAUUGCAUUUUUCAGGAUCUGGCAUCAGGGAAGAUGAUUGGCAGUGCUAGAGAGGAAGAUGGCCUCUAUACUUUUGAUGAAGGAACACAAUUGAAUAAACAAGGUCAAGAAAAAACUUGUUUGCAAACUGUUUUUCCUUGUAAUAAUGAAGUGUACCUAAUGCACUAUAGAUUAGGUCACCCAAGUUUUUCCUACUUGAAAAUGUUGUUUCCUAAGUUAUUUCUUAAUAAAAAUCCUUCAUCAUUUCAUUGUGAUAUGUGUGCACUUGCCAAACAUCAUAGGAGUUCUUACAUCCCUCAUAGUUACAAACCAACUAGUCCUUUCACUAUUGUACACAGUGAUAUCUGGGGUGCAUCUAGAGUUUCAACUCUGAAAGGAAAAAGGUGGUUUGUAACUAUCAUAGAUGAUCACACAAGGGUCACAUGGGUGUUUUUACUUAAAGAAAAAUCUGAGAUUGAAGAGGUGUUCAAACAAUUUUACUCAAUGAUCCAAACUCAAUUCAACACUAAUAUCAAAAUUGUGAGAAGUGAUAAUGGACUUGAGUAUUUUUCUAAGAAGUUAAAUACUUUUUUUGCUGAAAAAGGGAUUGUUCAUCAAAGUUCCUGUGUAAAUACUCCUGCUCAGAAUGGAAUAGCUGAGAGGAAAAAUAGACAUUUACUUGAAGUUACUCGUGCAAUAAUGUUUUCUGCCAAAAUUCCAAAAUAUUUAUGGGGAGAAGCUGUUUUACAUGCUACCUAUCUAAUUAAUAGGAUGCCAUCAAAAACUCUAGGAUUCAAAACUCCUAUUGAUACUCUUCAAACUUGUUUUCCUGAAACUAGACUAAUUAACUCUCUUCCCAUAAAAAUUUUUGGGUGCACAGUUUUUAUUACCAAUCCUGACAGAACUGCAAGUAAAUUUGACCCUAAGGGAAAAAAUGUGUUUUCUUAGGACUCUCUUCAACUCAGAAAGGCUAUAAAUGUUUUGACCCUAUAACAAAAAAGAUGUUUAUAACUAUGAACACUGUUUUUGUAGAAGAUCAACCUUUUUUUGGUACUCAUCUUCAGGGGGAGAUUCCUAAUGAAGAUGGUAAUAAUGUAUCACAUAUCCUUGAAAAACUAGAACCUCUUGACAUUAAUCUAGAUGCACAGUAUAAUAGACAGUUAGAUGCACUAGAAAAUAGUCAAGAGUCAAAAGAAAAUGAAAAAAUUUUUUCUGAAACAAGGAAAGAUGAUGAACAGCAGAUAAGUAAGUUUUUUGGCAAGGUUUAUGAAAGGAAAGUUCCAAAUCACAGAAUAGAGGACAUCCCUGAUCCUGCCACUGUCAAUGAAUCUGACUCAAUGCCAGAAAAUGACAAAGGUAAUAAUUUCAGUGAUCUAAAUCUACCCAUUGCUCUCAGAAAAGAAAAAAGGUCAUGUGUUAAAUACCCUAUCUCAAACUAUAUGUUCUAUUCUCAGUUAUCUACAUCAUUUGCAGCUUUUACCUCUAGCCUUUCCAGUGUCUCUAUUCCCUUAACCAUACAGGAAGCCCUAUCUAUACCUGAGUGGAAGAAGGCUGUUUUAGAAGAAAUGAACGCCCUUGAAAAGAAUCAGACAUGGCAGACUGUAGAGGUACCCAAAAAUAAACCAAGGGUUGGAUGCAAAUGGGUGUUUACUCCUAAAUUCAAGGCAGAUGGUACACUUGAAAGAUAUAAGGCCAGACUGGUUGCCAAAGGAUACACACAAACCUAUGGCAUAGAUUAUACAGAAACUUUUGCACCAGUUGCAAAAUUAAAUACUAUAAGGAUUCUACUAUCUCUAGCUUCUAACCUAGACUGGCCUCUUCAACAGUUAGAUGUGAAGAAUGCUUUCCUAAAUGGGAAGCUUGAAGAGGAAGUAUACAUGCGCCCUCCUCCUGGGUUUGAGGAACAAUAUGGCUCAAAGGUGUGCAAGCUAGAGAAAGCCUUAUAUGGGCUUAAACAGUCCCCAAGGGCUUGGUUUGAAAGGUUUACUCAGUUCAUAAAGAAGCAGGGAUUCAAACAAGCCCAAGCAGAUCAUACACUAUUCAUGAAAUUCUCCAUUAAGGGAGAAAUUGC